AUGUCAGCGUACACAGGAACAGCAACACCAUCAGCAACACCAUCAGCAACACCAUCAGCAACACCAUCAGCAACACAACCAGUGACACAACCAGUGACACAACCAGUGACACAACCAGUGACACAACCAGUGACACAACCAGUGACACAACCAGUGACACAACCAGUGACACAACCAGUGACACAACCAGUGACACAACCAGUAACUCAACUAGUGACACAACCAGUAACACAACCAGUGACACAACCAGUAACUCAACUAGUGACACAACCAGUAACUCAACCAGUAACUCAACUAGUAACUCAACCAGUGACACAACCAGUGACACAACCAGUAACUCAACUAAUAACACAACCAGUAACUCAACUAGUGACACAACCAGUAACUCAACCAGUAACUCAACUAGUAACUCAACCAGUAACUCAACCAGUAACACAACCAGGAAUAACACCAGAAACAUUUUUGACAAGUUUAGAUGGCAUAGUUUGA